AUGGAGGGAGGUAGAGGAGGAGGUGGUGGUGAUGGCGAUUAUGGUGUUUAUGGAUUUACAAACAACACACAAGAUCCUCCCCAGCAUCACAAUUUAUGUAAAGCAGGUCCUCCAUUGACAGCCAUAGAUAGGUUCUUGUGGGGAAGUCAUCAAAGCCAAAACAAUGCAAGCAACAUAGAUCAUCAAAAUGUGGUUUUCUCAAAUGGGUUGAGUGGUUUUGCUUCUUUUGGCGGUGGUGGUGGUGCAAUAUUUGGCCAUGAGGCAGCAGCUUCUUGGCCUAAUAAUUAUAGUAUCACUGAUCAUCUCCAAGAGCCAAGCUUUGUGGAUGAACUUUUUCUUGAACAAGGAGAGGCCUUGAUGAUGAGUUGGGUUCAAGAGCAAAACCCUAAUACCACAGGUGGUUUCGGAGAGGAAGGAAAAGUUUCUGAAAGAAGUUGUAAAGCGGUCGGAAAGAGAUCUAAAAAAGGUUUAACUGCUGCUACUUUAAUAAAGGGACAGUGGACUGCUGAAGAAGACAGGAAGUUGAUCAGGCUGGUGCAGCAAUGUGGAGAGAGAAAAUGGGCACAGGUUGCUGAGAAGUUGGUGGGUAGGGCUGGCAAGCAGUGUAGAGAAAGAUGGCACAAUCAUUUGCGUCCUGAUAUCAAGAAAGAUGGCUGGACUGAAGAGGAAGAGAGGGUACUUGUUGAUGCUCAUGCUAAAGUUGGAAACCGUUGGGCAGAGAUUGCGAAACGCAUUCCUGGAAGAACCGAAAACGCCAUUAAAAACCAUUGGAAUGCAACAAAAAGGAGGCAGACUUCAAAGAGAAAGAACAAGCAACCUGAAGGCAACAAUGGAAACCACAAAAACAAGCCUCAUUCUUCCAUUCUCCAAAACUACAUCAGAAGCAAGAAUCUCAUGAACAACUCCUCCAAUAUUUCCAAUGUUUCCACUAGUACCCCUACUAGCUCUUCCACUCUCUCUCAAAAUGAUCCAUCAAAAACCCACCUCAACACUUUGGUCACAGAGCCAUCUGAUCAGUCCACUACUAGCAACUGUUUUGGCUCUCCACUGAAUUUGGCUGACUCUUUUUAUGAUGAACUUGUUUUUAUGCAAAAUUUCUUCACCAACAACCCUCACAAUCUCAAUCAUCCUCAACAGCCUUCCAAUUCCACUGACAACAAUGUUGAACUAAUUGUUAGUCCAAUGGAACCCUCACAAAAUCCAAACAUGUACGAUUUUGCUACUACCUCCACAACUAGUAGCCCCAGUCCUACUACUACCACCCCUCUGUAUUCUGACCUUUACCUCUCAUACCUCUUAAAUGGAGCUGACAAUUCAUCAUCUUAUAAUUCAAAUUAUCAUCCUCCUCACUUAGGGUUUUACAACACAAACAUGGAAUAUUUGGCGUCACAGGAUCAUCAUCUUCAAGCUGCAGCUUCUUCGAACGAAAGGAGAGAGAUGGAUUUGGUAGAGAUGGUGUCUGCUUCUCAAUGUACCCAAGGAACCAGCUUCUGA